CGCCCCGCCCCCUCCCCGUCCCCGGUGUCCUCCCCCCCAGCAGAUCCCCGGGGCCGGGGGCCGCGGGAGGCUGAGGAAGGCAUGCGCGACUACGAGGAGGUGACCGCCUUCCUGGGCGAGUGGGGCCCCUUCCAGCGCCUCAUCUUCUUCCUGCUCAGCGCCAGCAUCAUCCCCAAUGGCUUCAAUGGCAUGUCCGUCGUGUUCCUGACCGGGACCCCGGAGCACCGUUGCCUGGUGCCCGACACCGCGAACCUGAGCAGCGCGUGGCGCAACCACAGCAUCCCGUGGGUGCUGCAGGACGGCCGCAGGGUGCCCCACAGCUGCCGCCGGUACCGGCUGGACACCAUCGCCAACUUGUCUGCGCUCGGCCUGGAGCCCGGGCUGGACGUGGACCUGGAGCAGCUGGAGCAGGAGAACUGCCUGGAUGGCUGGGAGUACCAGCAGGAUGUGUACUUGUCCACCAUUGUGACCGAGUGGAACCUGGUGUGUGAGGACGACUGGAAGCCCCCCCUCACCAUCUCUCUGUUUUUCGUGGGUGUGCUGUUUGGUUCCUUCAUUUCGGGGCAGCUGUCAGACAGGUUUGGUCGGAAGAAGAUACUGUUUGUGACCAUGGGCAUGCAGACGGGCUUCAGCUUCCUGCAGAUCUUCUCCAACAGCUUUGAGAUGUUCACCGUGCUGUUUGUCCUUGUGGGGAUGGGCCAGAUCUCCAACUACGUGGCAGCAUUUGUCCUGGGAACAGAAAUUCUUGGCAAGUCAGUCCGCAUUAUAUUCGCCACGCUAGGAGUGUGCAUAUUUUAUGCAUUUGGCUACAUGGUGCUGCCACUGUUCGCUUACUUCAUCAGAGACUGGCGGAUGCUGCUGCUGGCACUGACUGGGCCGGGGCUGCUGUGCGUGUUGCUCUGGUGGUUCAUCCCUGAGUCCCCCCGAUGGCUCAUCUCCCAGGGGCGAUUCGCAGAGGCAGAGGUGAUCUUCCGCAAGGCUGCCAAAAUGAAUGGGAUUGCCGCACCCGCCACCAUCUUUGAUCCUAGUGAGUUACAGGACCUGAGUUCCGAGAAGCAUCAGUCCCACCGCAUCACAGACCUGGUCCGGACCCCGAACAUCCGGAUGAUCACCUUCAUGUCCGUAAUCCUGUGGCUGACCAUAUCAGUGGGCUAUUUCGGACUCUCCCUUGACACGCCUAACUUGCAUGGGGACAUCUACGUGAACUGCUUUCUCUCGGCAGCAGUGGAAGUCCCAGCGUACGUGCUGGCCUGGCUGUUGAUGCAGCACAUGCCACGGCGCUACUCCAUGGCCACCGCCCUCUUCCUGGGGGGCAGCGUCCUCCUCUUCGUGCAGCUGGUGCCCCAAGACUUGUAUUAUUUGGCUACUGUCCUGGUCAUGGUGGGCAAGUUUGGAGUCACCUCUGCCUUUUCCAUGGUCUACGUGUACACAGCUGAGCUGUACCCCACUGUGGUCAGAAACAUGGGUGUGGGGGUCAGCUCCACAGCGUCCCGUCUUGGCAGCAUCCUGUCUCCCUACUUCGUGUACUUGGGUGCCUAUGACCGCUUCCUGCCCUACAUCCUCAUGGGGAGUCUGACCAUCCUGACAGCCAUCCUUACGUUGUUCUUUCCAGAGACCUUUGGUGUCCCUCUCCCAGAUACCAUUGAACAGAUGCUGAGGGUCAAAGGAAUAAAAUAUAGGCACACCCCAAGCCACACAAGGAUGUUAAAAGAUGGUGAAGAAAGCCCUGUAACCCUUAAAAGCACAGCCUUUUAAUGCAACCUCCAACAAGUGAGAACUGAAGAGGGAAGCCUGCACCUGUCAGAACACUGAGUUUCAGUGACAAGGGCUUUGCUCUUUGCUGCCCUGGCCUUGGGUCUGCCUUGCUUGCAGGUGGCACCCGGGCUCUGCGUGCACGUGGUCUGGGAGCACACCUUUCCUCCAGAGAGGCCUUCACUCGCCUGCCUUCACACAAGUCAGCGUCCUGUCCCAGCAGUGGAUUUGGCAUUUCCGAAGAAGUCCAUGAUUUGCUCAAGCCAGUGGAAUCUGGAAAAGUAUUUGAGGUUCCUGCUGCACACACUUCAGUGUUCAGUGACCUGAGAAGGGUCCUGACAGCACUGGAGGUCUGAAGUUUCUCUCUCUUCCCUAAAUGGUAAACUCCCGAGGAAAAGGAGCAGAUGGUGUCAUGGCUCCGCGGCGGGACGCUUGCCUGGGAUGCACAGCACAGGUCCUGGUCCAGCCCAAGCACCAGCAGGAAACAACACUUCUUGGCUAAGGAGAAAUGGUGGCACAGGGAGUUUGAUUUCCUCUCUCAGUUACAAAAGACAUUAACUGGGACAUCGUGACCCGCAGCAGAAGAGCACAGGAUCGAGGGAAGUUCAGGGGAAGAGGAUGGAGUGGUGCAGAACAUGGCAGGUGUGCAACCUUGCCCACCGCCCGGUGGGACUGCUGGGUGUGCUGUUCACAUCUGAUCGAAGCGCUGGGCUUGUCCAGGCCCCCCACCAAUGCCUUCUUGAGUCUAGUUCUUGUUUUCCACUGCUCCGUCAACGAGAGCUGGCUACUGUAGCUGAAUAUCUGGUUGGAAGGAAACACGCCAUUGAGAAAGUGCCUUUUCUCUCAGUAAAUGAGGUUUUCUUGUUCCUGUUUGCUUGCCAUUGUGUCUCCCUAAGUUAUUUGCCCUUGAGGAGGGACUUGGAAACUGCUGGCUCCUUAGUCUCCUGGUUUGUGUUUCUUUCUCUGGCAGGGGAGUGCACAUGCCUCUGAACCAGGCCUUACCAGCCUUAGCCAUUGCUGCUGCUCCAAGUGCCAUUGUGUGUGUGCCCUUUGUGAUACCCAGUCAUGGGGAAAUUGCCAGAAAGGAGAGUAAACUAUGCCCACAGUCUUUGAGACUCGCUUCAGACGUGUAGCGUUGAGAGGCACUUUCUGCUCAGCGUGGCCGUCUUCCCUUUCCCAGUGACGUUUCCAUGGGACUCCUAAAGCAUGUGCCUCACCUGGUUUAAAACGACAGCAGGUUUUGUGGAAGCUGCUGAAGUGCCUGGGAAAUGAGAUGGUUUUAAUAAACUGAUUUUUUAAAAAAUAA